GCCGAGCCUCGCUGCCCGCCGCCCGCCGGGGAGCGGGAGCCGUCGCGGCGCCUGCGCGCAGCAGAGGCGGCGGCAGCGGCCUGAGGAGCCCCGCGGGGAGAAGCGGCGGUGGGGUUGCGGUGCUUUGACGCGGCGCUGGGCGGCCGUGAUCGCUCGCCACCAUGCCGGCGGUAUCGAAGGGCGAUGGGAUGCGAGGCUUGGCCGUCUUCAUCUCCGAUAUCCGCAACUGCAAAAGCAAAGAAGCAGAGAUAAAGAGAAUAAAUAAAGAACUAGCAAACAUUCGGUCAAAAUUUAAAGGAGACAAGGCUCUGGAUGGUUACAGUAAGAAAAAAUAUGUCUGCAAGCUGCUUUUCAUCUUUCUCUUGGGGCAUGACAUUGACUUUGGUCACAUGGAGGCUGUAAACCUGCUCAGUUCCAAUAGAUACACAGAAAAGCAAAUUGGGUAUCUCUUCAUCUCCGUACUAGUGAACUCUAACAGCGAGCUGAUUCGCUUAAUAAACAACGCGAUCAAGAAUGAUCUGGCAAGCCGCAACCCUACCUUCAUGGGGCUAGCUCUGCAUUGUAUUGCUAACGUGGGUAGCCGGGAGAUGGCGGAAGCAUUUGCUGGAGAGAUUCCAAAAAUACUUGUAGCUGGAGAUACUAUGGAUAGUGUGAAGCAGAGUGCUGCCUUAUGCUUGCUGCGUUUGUAUAGAACUUCUCCCGACCUUGUCCCCAUGGGAGACUGGACGUCCAGAGUGGUACAUCUCCUCAAUGACCAGCACUUGGGUGUGGUUACUGCAGCUACAAGUCUGAUCACCACUUUGGCACAGAAGAACCCAGAAGAGUUUAAAACUUCAGUCUCCUUGGCUGUGUCUAGAUUAAGCAGAAUUGUAACUUCUGCAUCAACAGAUCUUCAGGACUAUACGUAUUACUUUGUUCCUGCUCCUUGGCUAUCUGUGAAACUUCUGAGGCUCUUACAGUGCUAUCCACCUCCAGAAGACCCUGCGGUACGUGGUCGUCUCACAGAAUGCCUGGAAACUAUUCUUAACAAAGCACAGGAGCCACCAAAGUCAAAGAAAGUACAACACUCAAAUGCGAAGAAUGCUGUGCUGUUUGAGGCAAUAAGUUUAAUUAUACAUCACGACAGUGAGCCAAAUCUACUAGUCCGUGCCUGUAACCAGCUAGGUCAGUUCUUGCAGCACCGAGAAACUAAUUUGCGUUACCUAGCACUGGAAAGCAUGUGCACGCUUGCCAGCUCUGAAUUCUCACAUGAGGCUGUGAAAACACACAUAGAAACUGUUAUCAAUGCAUUAAAGACUGAAAGAGAUGUGAGCGUACGACAAAGAGCUGUAGAUCUCCUGUAUGCAAUGUGUGACCGAAGCAAUGCCCAACAGAUUGUGGCUGAAAUGCUGAAUUAUUUGGAGACUGCUGAUUAUUCCAUUAGAGAAGAAAUUGUACUGAAAGUUGCAAUUCUAGCUGAGAAGUAUGCAGUGGAUUAUACCUGGUAUGUGGAUACAAUAUUGAAUCUGAUUCGCAUUGCCGGUGACUAUGUCAGUGAAGAAGUAUGGUACCGAGUUAUUCAGAUUGUCAUCAACAGAGAUGAUGUUCAAGGGUAUGCAGCAAAGACCGUUUUUGAGGCCCUUCAAGCUCCAGCAUGCCAUGAGAAUCUUGUGAAAGUAGGUGGCUACAUCUUGGGAGAAUUUGGAAAUCUGAUAGCAGGUGAUCCAAGAUCAAGUCCCCUCAUCCAAUUCAACUUGCUACAUUCCAAGUUUCAUCUGUGUAGUGUUCCUACCCGAGCUCUGCUUCUGUCUACCUACAUCAAGUUUGUGAACCUGUUUCCAGAAAUCAAAACUACAAUUCAAGAUGUAUUGCGCAGUGACAGUCAGCUAAAGAAUGCUGAUGUUGAGCUGCAGCAGAGAGCUGUUGAGUAUUUGAGGCUCAGUACUAUUGCCAGUACUGAUAUAUUGGCUACAGUGCUAGAAGAAAUGCCUCCCUUUCCAGAGAGGGAAUCUUAUUUGGCUAAACUCAAGAAGAAGAAAGGUCCAGGCACAGUUACUGACCUGGAAGAGAUCAAAAAGAGGAGCUCUGAUAUGAAUGGAAGUGCUGAACCUGCCUCAGUCAAUGCCAGUGCUGUUUCUACUCCUUCUCCAUCUGCGGAUCUGCUGGGUCUGGGUGCAGCCCCUCUCACCAAUUCAGCUCCCCCACCUUCCUCUAGUGGUAGCCUCCUGGUGGAUGUAUUUUCAGAUUCAGCUUCUGCUGUUGCACCUCUUGCUCCUGGUUCUGACGACAACUUUGCGAGCCCUGACCUGGCUUCAUCUGAGGUAGUUUCUGAGGAACCAGCUGAUACUGUGCAUGAUGCUGAUGAGCUUUUUCACAAGUUUGUGUGUAAAAAUAACGGAGUCUUAUUUGAAAAUCAAUUACUACAAAUUGGAUUGAAAUCUGAAUUUCGACAGAACCUGGGACGUAUGUUCAUAUUCUAUGGUAAUAAGACAUCAACACAGUUCUUGAAUUUUACUCCAACAGUAAUCUGCUCAGAUGACCUUCAGCCAAGCCUGAAUCUUCAGACAAAGCCUGUUGACCCCACAGUGGAUGGAGGUGCACAGGUUCAACAGGUUGUGAACAUUGAGUGUGUGUCAGACUUCAUGGAAGCUCCAAUCCUGAACAUUCAAUUCAGGUACGGGGGAACAUUCCAAAAUCUUUCAGUAAAAUUACCCAUUACGCUGAAUAAAUUUUUUCAGCCAACAGAGAUGUCUUCUCAAGACUUUUUCCAGCGUUGGAAGCAACUGAGCAAUCCUAAACAAGAAGUACAGAAUAUCUUUAAAGCAAAACACCCAAUGGAUGCAGAGAUCACAAAAGCAAAGAUAAUUGGCUUUGGAUCGGCCCUACUUGAGGAGGUCGAUCCCAAUCCUGCUAACUUUGUUGGUGCUGGUAUCAUACAUACAAAAACUACUCAGAUUGGAUGCUUGCUGCGCCUUGAACCCAACCUUCAGGCACAGAUGUAUAGGCUCACACUACGAACAAGUAAAGAAGCUGUAUCUCAGAGAUUAUGUGAAUUGCUGUCAGAACAGUUUUAAUACUAACCAUGACAGUUUUGUUUUUCCAUUUAUAUCAUUGUCAUCAUACUGCAAAUAAAUGUCUUGUACA